AUGGACGACAGGCGCGAAGCAAAGAGGGCGCGACAGGCAUGCUUGAAUUGUAGAAGAAAGAAGGCAAGGUGUUCAGGCGAGAAGCCUGUAUGUGCCUUCUGUGCCCGCCUAGGUCAACGCUGUACCUGGGAUGGCCAUGAAGACAGAUCUCCCGAUUCACUGUCUGAAUCUCGCGGAACAUCUGCUACAGCAGCUGCACACCAUGACUCUGAUCUUGCUGCUAGAAUCGCUCUCCUAGAGUCGCGCCUGAGCUUUCUUGACGCCGACAAUGCGUUCAGAUUAUUCUCUUCGUUGUCAGGUCCGAACGAAGUACCAGCACAACAGGUGGAUCAGCAUCCAGACCAGCAGCAACAGGCUCCUGAGGAUCUCGUCGACGGGCCCAACAGUGACUUUCUGCCUCUCCCAGAUCCGCCAAAGUUUCAAUCAUUGAUAGAUAUCUACUUUGAACGGUGUCACAACCAGCCAUACGCCUAUUUCCACCAACUGACAUUUCGACUUGAUUACGAAUCAGGAGUACUGCCCGAGUAUCUCCUAUACGCAUUCGCUGCUACAGCAUGCCGGUUUUCAGAUGACGACUUCUACCGUGGUCGAUGGUCAGAAGCAAUCGAAGCCUAUGCACAAGCUUCAUUCACUCAAAUACUUGAGCAUUAUUUCUCGGACGCGGAAUUGCUCGAAGUAUACAUGGUGAUAGCUUUAUCUAUGCUGGCAACUAUUGACUUUUCAGCCGGACGCCCUAAGCUUGGCUGGAUCAAGCUUGCUCUGUCCAGUCGCUUUGCUCAAUCUUUACGACUCAACGAGGAGCCCGACUCACAACUUCCUCUCCAUGAACAAGAAGGCCGCCGGAGAAUCUUUUGGUCCAUCUAUCUUCUAGAUGUACUCAUGUCGAUAGGACCGAACCGACCGCCUAGCCUUCUAGACGAAGACUGCACUGUCCACCUUCCAUGCCACGAAGACUUCUUCAAUGACGGAACGCCGUUCAACGCGAUGCCUACGUUGACGGAAGUCCAGGAGAGUGCGUCUACUAAUCGAUCACCCCUCAACUCGUUUGCUCUUAUGAUCCUGAUGGCGUCGGCCCUGGGUCGAUUUAUACGAUUCAACCUAAAGCGCACAUUGAACAAGGCACGAGUUCUUUGGGAUCCCAGGUCGAAAUACUACGAAGUCCAUAGUAUGUUGUUAUUGUACGAGAGUCAGUCACCAUGUGUCUUCACUCCAGUCGCUGAGGUCAUUCGCACCCAAUCCACCCUCAACGGAGCGUCAUCACCUUCAGACAUCAGCCAUAUUGCCUUCGCUCAUGCUAUCUAUCAUCUGGUCCAAUGUCUCCUGAAUCAUCCAUUUAUUCUCUACCGGGUCUUCCACACUUAUAUAGCACCUGUGCCUUUGAGUUUUGUACAGGAAGCUCUGCAACGUUGCCACCGGCAUGCAACAAGCCUCAUUGAGCUCCUCACCAGCCUGGAAAAGCAUUGUCCACUGAGCCAUGCCAGCUUCUACGGCUACUGCGUGAUGGCAGCAGGGAUGAUCCAACGUCUGUUUGAAAAAAGCGACGACCAAAACAUCGCAGAAGGUGCUACGAGACAUGUCCGCGAGGCAUUGAGCUUUUUACAGCACGAGCCAAUUCGAUGGCGUCACGUUGGACAUAUGGGUACUCUACUUUCCUCCUUCGAGUUGGAUUCACAUAUCAAAACGGUCCUUACUGAUCCCGUCAGUCUUGCGUGCAAAGUCGAUGUGCCACAUGGGACAAUACUAUGGCAAUUACUUGACUAUGCGUGGCUUCCUCAGAGUAAACCACCCUCCGCGAUUCGAAGCACGUUGGCAGUGGCAGAUUUAUUGUCUGAGACCGUCUCUGAAGAGCCGAACAUCGCUACUGGGGCCUCUCCCGAGAUCACGAAGCAACCAAUGGCAUUCUUUACCUCAGGGAACUCGUUGCCUCCAACUUACGCCCGGAUGUUAGGAGAAGAUAUGGGUGGUAUUCUGUCCGAAGCGAUGGGCGACCCUAGAUUCUAG